AUGGCUCUACCUUAUCCGGAGGGAGAGGUGUACUUCAAACGCUCUGCCUUGUCAUUUACGGACAAUGGCUGGAGCUUCGUCAUCAAUGUCGACGACGCAGAUGCCGCAAAGGGCAUGGAAGUAUUCAAUAAGCGUUAUUGUUUGAUCGAGUGGGUAUGGAACGAACCGUGUCCGGCGAACACCGACUUCACCGACAAUCGUCUGCCACCUCGGUGCAAGAACACACGAGCUGACAAGGAUGGCAUCGGCGACAACCGUGUAUACUGGGACUAUCUGCCUGUCAUGUUUGGAGAUGCCGAAGAUCUUAGCUUCCGGAGCAUCAAGCGGCAUGUACAGCUACAGACUCCAAGAAGGGGCAACGGCGAGUACAAGAAGCGAGGAGCUGGCGGUCCAGCCAAGAUUGUGCUGUCCCCUGUAGAACUGCUGAACGACAAAGACGGGCCUUUGCCAUUCAUGUGGAUCGACCUGAAUUUUCCAGUGCGAGCAAUAUACCUCCCCCUGCAGUACCAACCAAGCAAAGACUACCCCGACCUUUGUAGUUACCUCAUGCUCGACUUCCGUCUCCGGAAGGGCGUGAAGAUGUUCGACCAGAAAGACUACAGCAUGGAUGGCUUGCCCACUCGCCACGACGUCCCAUUCGACAACAAGCUUGGACUUGGCUAUCGUCCACGACAGACCCUUGGCAUCGACAUCCGUGGCGUGUACAACUUCCUCAUCCUGCCACGACAGCUGCGCAGCGCUGAGAAAGGGCUCUUCAUGCCUACAGAUCCCGCUGAUGCGCUCGUGAGGUUGACAGGACCCGAGAAUCCAUCAGUGCCAAGUCAAGCUCAACCGGACAGAGGUUUCAUCCAGCUGCCUUUCACCGACAAGCUAGACAUCGCGCAUGUCAUUAAUGAGCACUUCGGAGUCGAGCUGACUUACAUCCCCUUCGAGAUGCCGCCCGACGCGGAAACUCCAAUGGAAGAAGUCCGCUCCAUUCUCAAGAUGGCGGUCGGCGUAGGCCUUGGCUUUAUUCCUGGCGUUGGACCACUUGUCCAGCGUGGCUUCAUGAUUGUCAUGGCUAUCGCUGAGGACCCGGAAGGCUUCAAAAAUCGCGAUCCGCUGGAGCUGGGACUUAGCAUUGCGGAUGCUGUGGCCGAGUCUGCUCUCCAGCUGCGCGGGAACAUGAGCUAUAUUGGGAAGGGGUCUGCGAAGGGGCAGAGGAAGGGUAUUGUGUCGGAGAUUGGGCUCAAGACUAUCAACUUCAGCUCGAAGACGCUGCUGAAGGAUGAGCCGGAGAUCGGAGCGGAUCCAAAGGACGAGAAGGAGAAGCCGACUAUCAGGACUGGCCUUACUGUGGGAUAG